UCUCAGAUUUUUUGUUUUAUUUUAUUUUUUUAAAAGAAAUUAUAUACUCUCUCCUAUGCCCUAAUUAUCUUUUCCAUCUCCCGCCGCCGCUCCCUCUAUAAUUGAUCCCCCCUUCUCCCUAUCUCUCUCUCUCUCUCUCUCUCUCGGUUCCCCGGCAGCCACUCACCCCUCUUCUCUCUACUGCCGCACUGGGCUCCGGCGCUGCUUUUUCUCUGUAGCAGCAGGAGUGAUCGGCUCCCACACGACGGAAGUUGUUUCCUCACUCUCGUCUUCUCUCUUCGGUGAUCGACAGCCACACCGGUCUCCCCGCUUUCGGUUCCUUCCUUCAGUCUGCCAGUCCCCUUUUCCUCUCUCCUGCACCACACGACGUAGUCGUUUCAUCUCUGCUGUGCCCCCGAUCCCUGGCUGCCGCUCCCCUCUCGGUUCCCAGCUCUGGUCCGUUGCUCCCCUAUCGAUGCCCUUGUCCGAGAAGGUCGGCUCGCCUUGAAAUCAGGUACAGAGGCAAUGAUGAUGCCCUAAAAAACCUCUCGUGCCCUCAUCUCUCUACAACAAUGGUGUAGUAGCUUGGAUGGCCUAUUAGCCAACCACUACUCCUAUUGUUGUAGAGGGAGAGGGAAGGGUGGGAGAAAAUUUUCAAUCUGAACCUCUUUUUUCAUUCGCAUGAAUCCUUUCGAUGUGGCUGGUUUGUGUAUUUGAUGAUUAUGACCGGUCCAUUAGUGAGGCGAUAAAGAUCACAAAACAACCCUCUCCUGAGCAAAUCAAAGAAGAGAAGCUGUGGCUAAAACUAAUGCAUCCACAAAUGGGAAGUGGAGUGAAUUGGGAAGAGAUUGAUGCAGGACAACUCAAAUUAUUGCUGGUUGCUUUAGUAUCAGAUGGAGGAAGAGACCUCAAAUUAUCAGUUUAUCAGAAUACGGAGAUUACAAACCCGAAAAUGCUAUGGACAUGGACUGCAACAGUAUUUAAUCUAGAGCAGAAUACUUCGAUGAGGUUGUUUAUAUGAUUCAUGAAUGUAAUAUAUGAUUCAUGAAUGUAAUAGGUUGUUUAUAAACAUUGAAAUCUAGUCUUUGAGCAACGUAUUUAUUUACAUUAAGCCAAUAAGUGUUAUCAAACUUAUUGGCAUUAGA